AUGAAAAUAAAAAUAAUUUUAUUAUUACUCUAUCUAUUGUCAUUUGUAGUAGUAUCUAAUGGACAACGGGGGUGGCGUAGACGACUUUGGAGAAGAAGAAAUCGUUUUUGGAGAUAUAGACCAUGGGGGUACGGUGGCCCAUGGGGAUAUGGCGGUCCAUUUGGAUAUGGCAGUCCAUUUGGAUAUGGAGGCCCAUUUGGAUAUGGUGCAUUUCCUGGAUUUUUUGGAUAA